CUAGAAUUAUAAUCAGACUAUGGUGACUUACCAAGGGAAGGAAAUCAUCGAAGAGCUAGACGAAGUAGGGGGCCUGACUCGUUCAGGAAGAUGCUUCGUUCCGGAAGAGUUAAGGAAAACCAAACAGGUGAGGGAAGGCCAAAUACCCGUUAAGAAACUAGUAACAGAGGAAGAAGCUGAAGAGUUCUUGAAAAAGAUGAAAUUUCCAGACUAUUCCAUUGUGGAGCAAUUAAGGAAAACCCCUGCUCAAAUCUCUUUGUUGUCUUUAUUAAUACACUCAGAUGAACACCGCAAAGCUUUGUUGAAGAUGUUGAAUGAAGCUCAUGUCCCUACUGAGAUUACAGUUAAUCAAUUGGAGAAAAUUGUUGGGAGGAUCUUUGAGGUAAAUAGAAUCACUUUCUCAGAUGAUGAACUACCCGUUGAAGGUACUGGACAUAACCGAAGCCUUCAUAUUACUGUAAAAUGUGAGCUUUCCUAUGUCACGAGAGUUUUGAUUGAUGGGGGCUCUGGUGCAAACAUUUGUCCUCUGUCAACCUUACAAAAACUAAAUGUAAGUACUGAAAGAAUUCGACCAAACAAUGUGUGUGUUACAGCUUUUGAUGGAGCGAAAACUGACGCCAUCGGUGAGAUAGAUCUUGAGCUUACAAUAGGGCCUGCUGAUUUUACCAUAGAUUUUCAAGUAUUGAACAUUAAUGCCUCCUAUAAUAUGUUGUUGGGAAGACCGUGGGUAUAUAUGGCUGGGGCAAUCCCAUCCACAUUGCAUCAGAUGAUCAAGUUUGAAUAUGACAGGCAGGAAGUGAUCGUUCACGGUGAAGGGGAUUUGUCCAUUUAUAAAGACUCCACUGUUCCCUUUAUCGAAGUGGAUAAUGCUGAUGAAACACUGGUGUAUCAAGCUUCUGAGAUAGUGGUAGCUGAGCAGAUCCCUGAAGGGAAACCCAUUCUGAGACCGCAGUUGCCUCCAACAUCUGUUAUGGUGGUAAAUGAAAUGUUGAAAUAUGGUUUUGAGCCAGGAAAAGGCUUGGGGGCUUCUCUACAAGGUAUUGUUUAUCCGGUGUGUCCACAUGAGAAUCCAGGUCCAUUUGGUAUGGGGUUCAAACUAACGGCUGAAGAUAGAAAGAGGGUUAAAAAGCGGAAAAAAGAAGCAUGGUCACUUACUAAGCCUGUGCCACCAAUCUACAAGUCCAUCGUUAAGAAUACCAACAGUUUUUCCCAGCCAGUACUGGGCGUGGAUUUUGGGUUGAUUGGGUGUUUCCAGAACUUGUGUGUUGAAGCUGAUAUGGUUGAAAUUGGAGGGGGUCCCAGUAACGCGGAUGUGAAGUUCAUUGGACCUGAUAUCCAACUCAGCAAUUGGGAAGUCACUCCUCUCCCAACCAGGAAGGAGUUUUGGUAGUUUGUUUUGUUUUCCUUUCCUUUAUCCGAGUUAUUCCGGGGUUGUAAUUAGGAUUUUUAUUUUUCGCUUGUUUUAAUGUUCAAACCCUUCUAUCCUUCCUUUCAAUGAAAUGCAAUUUGUCUUUUCCAUAAAUUCUAAUGUGUUUGUUUAUUUUCUUUUGUACAGUUCUGUUUGUGCUGGUUCUAAUGAUAUGACAUGCAUGCGGAAUUCUCAGCCAGGUCUUAAAAUCCGACCUAACCAUGAAACAAUGAACCAAGAAGUUGAAUAUGAUGAAGAAGAAGUAUUUCAGGAAAUAAGCAGGGAUUUGAAACACUUCGAAGAUAAAACGAACCCUAAUUUGAAUGAAACCGAAGCAAUCAAUCUAGGAGAUCAAGAUAAUGUCAGGGAAACUAAGCUAAGUGUGCAUGUUCAACCACAUUCCCAGAAAGAAUUAAUCCAGGCUUUGUUUAAAUAUAAGGAUGUUUUUGCGUGGUCUUAUGAUGAUAUGCCGGGUUUAAGUACUAAAUUGGUGGUUCACAAAUUGCCAACUGACCCCACAUUCCCUCCUGUGAAGCAAAAAUUAAGGAAACUAAAAUCAGACGUAAGUGUGAAGGUUAAAGAAGAAAUCGAAAAGCAACUUGAGGCCAAAGUCAUUCGAGUCACUCGAUACCCUACUUGGUUAUCCAAUGUUGUCCCCGUUCCGAAGAAGGAUGGCAAAAUGCGUGUGUGUGUGGAUUAUCGGGAUCUAAACAAAGCAAGCCCGAAGGACGACUUUCCAUUGCCCAAUAUUCAUAUUUUGUUAGACAACUGUGCUAAGCAUGAGAUUGCAUCUUUUGUGGAUUGCUACGCGGGGUACCACCAGAUCGUUAUGGAUGAUGAUGAUGCAGAGAAGACAUCCUUCAUCACAGAAUGGGGUACAUAUUGUUAUCGAGUCAUGUCUUUUGGGUUGAAGAAUGCUGGGGCAACAUCUAUGAGAGCGAUGACCACCAUAUUUCACGAUAUGAUGCAUAAAGAAAUUGAAGUAUAUGUGGAUGAUGUGAUCAUUAAAUCAAGAAAGCAGUCUGACCAUGUCAAGGAUUUGGUGAAAUUUUUCGAAAAGCUUCGCAGGUACAAUCUUAAGCUCAAUCCAGCGAAAUGUAUAUUUGGAGUCCCGUCAGGGAAACUUCUGGGGUUCGUAGUCAGUCGGCGUGGUAUUGAAUUGGAUCUUGCAAAGAUCAAAGCUAUUCAGGAGUUACCACCGCCAAAGAACAAAACCGAGGUAAUGAGCCUACUUGGGAGGUUGAAUUACAUUAGUCGAUUUAUUGCUCAACUCACAACAACUUGCGAGCCCAUUUUUUAAGUUGUUAAAGAAGAAUGCUGCGAUUGAAUGGACUGACGAAUGCCAAGAAGCGUUUGACAAAAUGAAGAGGUAUCUCUCGAAUCCACCUGUAUUGGUUCCUCCCGAGCCUGGGAGACCUUUAAUAUUGUACCUAUUGGUUCUGGACAAUUCCUUUGGUUGCGUAUUGGGUCAACAUGAUGUUACAGGCAAGAAGGAACAGGCAAUCUAUUAUCUCAACAAGAAGUUUACUACUUAUGAGGCUAAGUACACUCAUUUAGAAAGGACGUGUUGUGCUUUAACUUGGGUUGCACAAAAGUUGAAACAUUAUAUUUUGUCCUACACUACUUAUCUUAUCUCCCGCUUGGACCCUUUGAAGUAUAUAUUUCAGAAACCCAUGCCCACGGGCAGGCUUGCAAAAUGGCAGAUAUUACUCACGGAGUUUGAUAUUUCGUAUGUGACUCGGACCGCGAUGAAAGCCCAAGCCUUGCCAGACCAUCUGGCGGAGAACCCAAUGGAUGAAGAAUAUGAGCCAUUAAAAACAUACUUUCCUGAUGAAGAAGUGUCGUGCCUCGAGGAGGUAAUUUCGGAUAACGAUCCGGGUUGGAAGUUGUUUUUUGAUGGGGCUGCUAACAGGAAAGGAGUUGGGGUAGGGGCCGUUCUUAUCUCGGAAUCAGGACAACAUUACCCUGUAACAGCCCAGCUUCGAUUUUAUUGUACCAACAACAUGGCGGAGUAUGAAGCUUGCAUUUUGGGUUUAAGGUUAGCUAUUGACAUGGGGAUUCAAGAAUUAUUGGUAUUGGGGGAUUCAAGAAUUAUUGGUAUUGGGGGAUUCAGACUUGCUAGUCCACCAAGUUCAGGGAGAGUGGGAAACCCGUGAUUUGAAGCUUAUACCAUAUCACCAGUGUCUGCAGGAUCUUUGCAGACGGUUCAUAACAGUAAAAUUUAAGCACAUUCCUAGGAUUCAUAAUGAGAUUGUUGAUGCUUUGGCCACCUUGUCUUCAAUGCUCCAGCACCCAGACAAGGCUCACAUUGACCCUUUACAUAUACAAACUCACAAUCAACAUGCUUAUUGCAAUACAGUCGAAGAGGAACUUGACGGUGAGCCUUGGUUCCAUGAUAUUAAAGAAUAUAUCGAGUCGGCAAAAUAUCCAGCACAUGCCACCAGUGACCAGAAGAGAACUAUUCGACGAUUGGCAAGCAGAUUUUUCUUAAGUGGAGGAAUUUUGUAUAAAAAGACUCCAGAUUUAGGACUUUUGAUGUGUGUAGAUGCUAAAGAGGCUGCAACUAUCAUGACUGAGAUACAUUCAGGAGUUUGUGGACCGCACAUGAACGGGUAUGUUUUGGCAAAGAAAAUUCUUCGAGCAGGCUAUUAUUGGCUCACCAUGGAGCGGGAUUCCAUCUGUUUCGUUCGUAGGUGUCAUCAGUGCCAGGUACAUGGCGACUUGAUACAUUCUCCUCCUUCAGAAUUACACACAAUGUCGGCUCCAUGGCCUUUCGCAGCUUGGGGGAUGGAUGUGAUCGGGCCAAUUGAGCCGAAAGCGUCCAAUGGGCAUAGGUUCAUUUUGGUGGCCAUCGAUUACUUUACAAAGUGGGUGGAAGCAGUAACUCUCAAGUCGGUGACUAAAAAAGUCGUGGUGGAUUUCGUUCAUUCCAACAUCAUUUGCAGGUUCGGGAUCCCGAGGACAAUGAUUACAGAUAACGCGGUGAAUCUCAACAGUCAUCUGAUGCAUGAGGUAUGUCAGCAGUUUAAGAUUACACAUCGGAAUUCAACUCCAUAUCGUCCGAAGGCAAAUGGGGCUGUGGAAGCUGCUAAUAAGAAUAUUAAAAAGAUACUCCGCAAAAUGGUGCAAGGUUCGAGACAAUGGCAUGAAAAGUUGUAUUUUGCUUUAUUGGGUUAUCGCACAACUGUUCGCACUUCAGUAGGGGCAACUCCUUAUUUGUUGGUAUACGGGACCGAAGCGGUUAUACCUGCAGAAGUGGAAAUCCCGUCCCUUCGAAUUAUUGAGGAAGCUGGAAUUGAUGAUGAUGAGUGGGUCAAAACCCGUUUAGAGCAAUUGAGUCUGAUUGACGAAAAGAGAUUAACAUCGGUAUGUCAUGGUCAACUGUAUCAAAGGAGGAUAGCACGAGCACACAACAAAAAGGUGCGUCCCAGACAUUUCGAAGUGCGUCAAUUAGUGUUAAAGCGGAUUCUUCUACAUCAGGCCGAGGCCAAAGGCAAGUUCGCCCCAAAUUGGCAGGGGCCAUUUGUGGUGAAGAAGGUUUUGCCCAAUGGUGCUUUGUAUCUGACAGACAUAGAAGGCACAAUGUCUGAAACUGCCAUCAAUGCAGAUGCAGUGAAAAGAUAUUAUGUAUGAUUUUCAUCUCCCUAUCUUUGGAUUACUUGUUGGGUGCUUGAUAUUUUUAAGGGUUGAUAUGACGAAGGCAUUCUAUUCUGCUACCUAUACAUUAUGUCAUCCCUUGCUACCCCUUUUGAGCCAUAGUUUAUUUUUCUUUCGCAACCCUCGUCCGGAAUCAAGCUUUUCAUAAAUAUUAUUAAAAAAAACACAAAAUCAAAAAAAAAAAAAAUAGGAAAAAAAUUUCCUGAACUAUGUUCGACCUGAUUCUUGUCUCGGCAGGAUACGUAGGCAGCCUUAUUCUAGGGUUCGGUCCAACCAAAGAAAAUCCAAAUUUCCCGUUUCGAAGAAACUGGGACAGAAGUUAAAAUUUUCUUUUGAAGUCGAUUUCAAACGUUGUAAGUCUUAUCCCUUAUUAUUUUUGUAUUGUCUUUGAGCCUCCAUGCCAUCCUUUAUUUCCAACCCUAUCCAAAAGCCACGUUACAACCAAAUAAAAGACCUUCAGAUCAAUCAUUAAGAAUGUCAAGGCCGAGCAAGCUAUGAGUAUAAGGCAUUUGCAUCAUUGGCAUCACUUGUGGCAAUCAACAUAAGGGAAAUGGAAGAAAAAAUGAAAAUGAGAGAGUCUUAUUGGUGAAAACCCUCACGGGCACCGUAAGGCGAUUGUGAGUUGAGAGAAUUAAAAAUGAGAGACUCUUAUUGGUGAAAAUCCUCACGGGCACCAUAAGGCGAUGGUGAGAUGAAAAAAAAAUAAAAAAAAUGAGAGAGUCUUACUGGUGAAAACUCUCACGAGCACCACAAGAUGAUGGUGAGUUGAGAGAAUUGAACAUGAGUGAGACUUGUUGGUCCACUAAUUGUAUGAAGGCCUUGAUUUUGACGCAGUUGUUGGGUGUAUACAUUCGGUUUCGAAGUCAAAGGGUUAGUAAGAGUUUAUGAAUAAUUAGGAUGGACAAAUCAGACUGAUUAAGCCAAAAAUGCAUGUCAUAUCAUUGGAGCUGGCUACAACAUUCAGAUAAGUUUUCCCCAUUCUUUUCUUUCUCGGAGGGGACAUCCUUCUGUUAACCUCUUUUCAUCUUUAUCUUUUAUUUUGCUUUCGUCGUUUGGAUUUCAUGCUUUUUCUUUGAGUCAUUCUGUUGUGAAAUAAGUAAGAAAGGAUCACAAAACUUGCUACCAGUUUUCCCAAUUGCGAAGCAAAACAUCUUGGCUAGCACAUGAAGGUAACAUAAUUCAGUCGGCGUAAGGUACUCAACCAGCUGCCGACCAUUAAUAGGUUUUGGAUUCAGUGAAAUACAAGGUUCAAUAAAGUGUGAGUUAACGGACAUUAUGAAACAAGAGAUGUAUGGUCUGGUGUUGAAGUUACUUCUGAGACGUUUUGGAAACCAUGUUUGAGUCAGUAAUGCCAUGGGUCAACAGGAUGCGAUAGCUGUCUAAAAGCGGAGCCAAACAAGAUGAGUGCAAAAAGCAGUUGCUUUCACAGCCAAGCCACAAACCAACCACAAAGUUUUGAAACUCACAGAUUUUUCUUUGUUUGAAACAGGGACAGAAAUUUUAUUCACUAACUGCAGGUACAUUCUGAAAAAUGCAAGGCGCAAGUAUUGCAAGGACAAAAUCAGGACCCUCCUGGAAAAUGGGAUUUAGUUAUCAGGACCCUCCUGGAAAAUGAGAUUUAGUUAUCAGGACCUCCUGGAAAAUGGGAUUUAGUUUAUCAGGACCCUCCUGGAAAAUGGGAUUUAGUUUAGCAGGACCCUCCUGAAAAAUGGGAUUUAGGUUAUCAGGACCCUCAUAGAAAAUGGGAUUUAGGUUAUCAGGACCCUCAUAGAAAAUGGGAUUUAGGUUAUCAGGACCCUCAUAGAAAAUGGGAUUUAGUUAUCAGGACCCUCCUGGAAAAUGGGAUUUAGUUUAUCAGGACCCUCCUGGAAAAUGGGAUUUAGUUUAUCAGGACCCUCCUGGAAAAUGGGAUUUAGUUUAUCAGGACCCUCCUGGAAAAUGGGAUUUAGUCAGCAGGACCCUCCUGGAAAAUGGGAUUUAGUUUAUCAGGACCCUCCUGGAAAAUGGGAUUUAGUUAUCAGGACCCUCCUGGAAAAUGGGAUUUAGUUUAUCAGGACCCGCCUGGAAAAUGGGAUUUAGUCAGCAGGGCCCUCCUGGAAAAUGGGAUUUAGGUUAUCAGGACCCUCCUGGAAAAUGGGAUUUAGUUAUCAGGACCCUCUUGGAAAAUGGGAUUUAGUUUAUCAGGACCCUCCUGGAUAAUGGGAUUUAGUUUGUCAGGACCCUCCUGGAAAAUGGGAUUUAGUCAGCAGGACCCUCCUGGAAAAUGGGAUUUAGUUUAUCAGGACCCUCCUGGAAAAUGAGAUUUAGUUAUCAGGACCCUCCUGGAAAAUGGGAUUUAGUUUAUCAGGACCCGCCUGGAAAAUGGGAUUUAGCUAUCAGGACCCUCCUGGAAAAUGGGAUUUAGCUUAUCAGGACCCUCCUGGAAAAUGGGAUUUAGUUUAUCAGGACCCUCCUAGAAAAUGGGAUUUAGUUUAUCAGGACCCUCCUGGAAAAUGGGAUUUAGUUUAGCAGGACCCUCCUGGAAAAUGGGAUUUAGGUUAUCAGGACCCUCCUGGAAAAUGGGAUUUAGGUUAUCAGAACCUUCCUGGAAAAUGGAAUUUAGUUUAUCAGGACCCUCCUGCAAAAUGGGGUGUAGCUUGGAGAGACACUUCCUAGUUAUUACAUUUGAUUUUACUUCUAUAAUUAAAUUAUUUUAUAGUUUAUAAGUUUGCUAACACUCACCAAAAAUUUCUUGGUACGAACUGGGACAGAAAAGUUUCUUCGUGUUCGUUGUUUUUGGUAAUUUGCAGGACCCACCUAAAGAUUGGGAGAAAGGUACAGGAUCUUCCCAGACAUCAGGAACCCGCCUGGAGAAUAGGGAUAAUUUUCAAUUACAAGCUUAGGAGCCCGCCUGAAAAAUAGGGUGUACUUUCGGUUGAUUUCAAGUUUAGUCAGAAGUAACAGGAGCCCCGUCUGGAGAAUAGGGAUGGCUUGAGAUUUUAAGUUCAGAAACAAGUAUGAAGAUCCAAAUCAAGAUUCAAGAGAAGCUGCAUAGAUAGAGUCUUGUACUUGUAUUUUCUUUUUGCUUUUAUUUUUUCAUUUUUGAUGUAAUAACAGGAGCCGCGGACCGGAACCUCGACAGGGCCUCAAUCGACUCCCCCUAACACAGUAUGUUCAUCACCCAUCUUACCUCUUGAAUUACACGAGACCUGAUUCCCUUAUAACCCGGGAUAUGUAGGAUGCCCAAGACCAAGGCUCGGUCACAUUUUGUUCCAUUCCUUCUCUUCCUUCAAAUAAAGGUCGGGUCCAAAUUUGUCUCGUUGUCUACGUCUUUGUCUGAGAACGCUUCGCGUCCCCAACCAAAGAGGGACAUGCUGUAGACACGUAAUUUUUUACCCUCCCGGGAUGUUUUCAUUGUCUUUGAUUAAUUUUUCUUUUUAGUCUAAUCUUGGAUUUUAACUACUAUUUCAUUUUUAGUAGGCUUAUUUGCGAAAAUUUAAAAGAACAAAAAUAUUUGCUAUUUUUAGAGUAGGUUUUGCGUUUUAAAGAAAGAAAGUUUACAAAAAUAUGCUUUAUAGUUUUUAAUUUUGUUUAGCCAUUCAUUUAUUUUAAACUUAUUUUUUUUAGUUAUCUAGAAAUAGUUAUUAUUUUUUUUAUUUAUUUUUACAUUUGAAAAAAAAAAAAGUAAAUGGGAUUACACCACCUCAUCACAAAAUGACAAAACUCCAUAACAAAUCUUAUCAAAAUGGGAAGAGAUCACGUUUUUUUUGGAAAAUUUUAUUGUUAGGGGGUGGGUCCCACAUAAUAGAAAAAGGGCCAAAAAAAAAAAAAGAGAAUAAAAACACAUGAAAAGAAGGGGAGCAUCUUUUCUGUUUUUUGCAGAGUAACAACACAUGCUCCUGCUCCAUUCCUUUUCUUAUAUAUAGAGAAAGCAACGGACAGAAAAAAGGGGAAAAAAAAAGAAAAAAAUCCCAUCAUCUUCUUCAUGAUAUCAUUAUCUUCUUCAUUUAUUUUCCAUACCAAAAACCCACCAAAAAACUACUAACCUACCACCACCGCCACCCCAAUCGGAAAAAUCCCGUCACCACCCCCUGUCUAUCAAAAACUAAAAAAAAAAUCACCAAACAAGCUCUUAACACACUAUAAAAUUAGCCCAAACAACCCCCUUAAAUUCGAGCAUAAAACCAGUGACCAAACGACCCUCAUUUCUACCUGAAAACCAGCGUCAUUCUUCCUUUGUUUUCCGUCAAAAACACCCAAAACCAUGGGUUCUUUCAAUUUGGGUUCAAGUUGAUUCGAGGUUUGUUGUCGAGUCCUGUUCAAGGUUCCGGUUUGGUUUUCGUUGAGUAGAUUUUGAGAAAUCAAAGCUGAUUGAGACUCACGAAUUCAGACGAAUAAGUGUGGAUAACUGGAGGUUGAACAGGUAUGUUAAGGCUAUUUGUCUUUCUUUUAAAGGCAUGAUUCAUUUUCUAUGAAUGCACACACGCCUUUCAUAAAACCUUAUUUCUGAAAACCACUAGCAGCUCAUGAUUCUCAAAAUCCCUAUGAUGCUAAAGUCGAAUGUUUUCUAUAAGGACCAUGAUGAGGAUUAUGAUGAUCCCAUUUCUGGAGAUUCCAAAGUUAUGGUUUUAAUGUCAUUAUGAGAUUACUGAACUGGUUUCAAGAUUUUGAUUAUGUUUGUUGAUAUUGAUCUCAUCUUAUGAUUUUGCUCAAAAGGCAUGAUUCCUGUUUUAUGAUUCUUUAUAUGUUUCCAUAAAUCUCUUACUUGUAAAAGUUAGAAGUUCAUGAUUCUUAAAAAACUUCUUAUGAUACUAUAUAUAUAUGACACCGAGCCUUAAUGGCCGGGCAUGAUACUAUAAAUAUGACACCGAGCCUUAAUGGCUGGGCAUGGUACUAUGUGUAUGUAUAGAAAUAUUUUUUUAAAGGCUAAGCAUGCAUGAAAUCAGCCAUAUCAGGCAUCCAGAUGUACAGGUUAUCUCUCUUAUUCCAUGUUACCUUCCAUAUCUAUAUUAUGUUGUUAUUCAUGUCUUACAUACUCAGUACAUUAUUCGUAGUGACGUCCCUUCUUUUGGACGUUGCGCUCAUGCCCGCAAGAAGGCAAGGAGACGGGUCAGACCCGUAGGUGUUCUAUCAACGGAUUCUCACGAGCACUCCACUUACUUCGGAGCUGUAUUCUAUUUAGUAUUGUAUUCUAUUUGGUAUUGUCCUUAUGAUCAUUGUGUUCUAUAUAGAGGCUCGUAGACGUGUGUGUACAGUUAGACAUUUUAUAGCUCCACUGGUUCAUAUUGUUGUAUAAUAUAUUGGUGGCCUUGUCGGCCUUAUUUUGAGCUCUUGAUACUUUACUCUUA